AUGGCACCGCACAGCUUCUGGCCGGGCGGCCGCGACGGUGGCAGCGUUUACCACACUAGAUCGCUUACCACGCUACAUCGAAAUCAGAAGAACACAACCACCGGCACUGCGUGCCCGAGGUCGGCGAAGUGGGUCAGAGGUCGAACGGCCACGACUCGCCCACCCCCUCCCCGCUGCCCCACGUGGCCACGGGGUCCUCAAGGGCACGCCGUCGCCUUUCCCCUCCUCCUUCUCCUCCUCCCGGGCGCCACGCGACCGAGCAAGGGCGCCGUUAAACGCACCGCCUUACCACAGGAAUACGUUAUUCGGAUUUAUGGUUCUGGCUUUGUAUCUGACCUCAAUCUCGAACGCGUCUGGCCAGCUCCGCAGCGUUCUCGCUUUGCGGGGAGGCUGCGUGGAUUUAUUCGAGGGAGUAUUUACUCUAUCCUGGUUAAUCGAAAUUAUAAAAUUGCUUCAGGUCGAGCCAAAUUUAUCUUAGAAUUAUCAUUCAAUCAUCGUACGAAUAGUUUAGACCAGGCUUCCCCAACUCAGGUGCCCGUGGGUGGUCACGCGGGUGCCCCCUAUUUAUGUGAUUUGUUUCAGACGACAAGGACGGUGGAAGAGGGCCUACAAAUGUCUCAAUAUCUUUAUUCAUCAAUCGUGUUUCUGCGGUCGACGAAAGCAAAGAGCUGCUUGGAGAUCUCGCUGGACGUGUUCCUGUACGUCUACUGGAUGGACACGCGCAUCAGCCUCAAGCAGCACCUGGACGAGCACGUGGAGAUCACGUGGGAGCACCGCCACGCGCUCUGGGUGCCCGACCUCUACAUCCGGCAGCUGCGCGAGAUGAAGGUGCUGUCGCUGUUCGAGGACAUGACGUCGCUGCGCCUCUACCGCAACUCCACGCUGCGCAUCAGCUUCGGCGCCACCAUUAUCAUCAAAUGCGAUAUGGACUUCGUGCUGUAUCCUUUGGACGUUCAGCAGUGCGUCGUCGACUUCAGUAGCUACAAAUAUACGAUGACGGAGGUGGUGUUCCACUGGCGCAACGGCGAGAAGCCGCUGUCCUUCCCGUCCGACUUCGGCGGCGACGGCUACCGCCUGCCCAACAGCUUCAUUGAACUGGGCCGUGAGCCUGAAGCUUCUGUCUAUCCGACGAUCGAGCGUCGAGGGCCUUUGGCUGAUUGGUGCGCAGGCAACCACUCGACGGCGCGCAUGCUCAUCACGAUGAGCCGCGAGCUGCGCAGCUACCUGCUCGAGUCCUACCUGCCCUCGUCGCUCUUCGUCAUCAUGUCGUGGGGCAGCUUCAUCGUCAUCCCGGACAUGGUGCCCGGCCGCAUGGUGCUGCUCGUCACCACGCUGCUCUCGCUCGUCACCAUGUUCGACACCGUCAGGAACAACUCGCCGAGCGCGCUGGAGCUCAAGUGCAUCGAGGUGUGGCUCAUCUCGUGCACGCUCUUCGUCUUCUUCGCGCUGCUCGAGUACUUCGUCGUGCUGUUCGGCAUCCGCUACGACAAGUACUGGCGGCACAAGAAGCGCGACCUCGAGCUGCUGGCGGCGGGGCUGCCCCCGGGCGGCGGCGGCGGUGGACGGCGA